AUGAAGACUGAAAGCGAUCUAGGAGAAGAUCAUGAAGAAAAUACUUGGAGAGAAGAAACUGAUUCUGAAAUCAGUUCAGGAGAUGGUGACCAUGUUGAUGACGACCAAUGGAGCCAUGCGGCAGAUCCAGAAGAUACUUUGGUUGGAGAAACAAAGUUUGAAGAGGAGACUAAAUAUCCAAACAAAGCCAGUGUCAACAGCACACCUCUAGACGAGACAUACGAUACAGCAACAGAUGAUGAGGCAGAUUGUGAGCCACACCACAUCUAUUUUUCAGGUCAUGAACAAGGAUCAGAAGCUUACCUACAGUGGGAGAGCGAAAUGGAGUACAUGAUGAGGUCACAAAACAUUCCUAAGGAUCAGAGGCUUUCAUACGCACUUGACUCACUUGUUGGAGAAGCUACUAAAUGGUGGGAACAAGAAGAAGUUGUGGCCAAUUAUAAUAAUUCAACCAUCACUUGGGAGUAA